AAGAUGGCGGCGAUGGUGCUAGCCGACGUUAACUCAAAAUCAUGGGAUAAAUCAGUAAAACAUGACUUCUUGAAACAAUGUAAAUCAUUUGUAAAUGACAACAAAUUAUGGACUCCAGGACCAAAGUCACUUAAGCAAGCUUUCUAUGACUUGUGUUCAGUUGUAUCCAAAGGCCAUGUCAAACAAGAACAAGCAGUAUCAGUUAUAACAGAUCUAUGUGAUUACAAGAAAGAGGUUCCAUUAUUACUUGUUGAUGUCUUUUCUAUAUUUGAUAUAGAGACAACAUGUUCUGAGGAUAAACAAGAAAGAGACAGAUUUAUUUCUUUGGUAUCAGCUGUAGAGGGAUUAAUAGCACCAACAGUGUUUAAAGAACGGCUGGAUUUUGACACAUUGGAAAAUGUAGGCUUAAUUUCCUCUAGACAGCAAUAUCAAGCCAAAUAUGUUAAAACAAAAACGAGAUUAUUUUACAAACAGAUGAAAUUUAAUUUGCUACGAGAAGAAAAUGAAGGGUAUGCCAAACUGGUAGUAGAGUUAAACCAGGAAAUAACAGAAAAAAUCACACCUUUACAAGUUAUAGAAAAUCUUAAAUCAUUGAUAGGAUGUUUUGACCUUGACCCAAAUCGUGUGUUGGAUAUAUUGUUGGAGUCAUUUGAGAAUCGACCAGAACAUGAUCAGUUUUACAUCCCAAUGUUUAGAGAAUAUGUCAGUGAGCCUAAGACACUGUGUAAUAUCAUGGGAUUUAAAUUUAAAUUUUAUGCUUCAGAAGAAACUCCACAGUCUCUGUAUAAAAUGGCAGCUGUUUUAUUAGAAAAUGGAUUGGUUGAUUUAGACUUGCUUUAUCCACAUCUUUCACCAGCAGACAGUAAGAUUUGGGAAUUUCAUGAGAAAGAUGUAAACAACGCCAAAGCUCAUGCCAGGAAGCUUAACAUUGUAUCAUUAGCUGAUAAAACGGAAGAUAAAAAGACAGAUGAAGAGGCUAUUAUAGAUGUGCAUUCAACCAAUCAGAAGUUGGGAUUAUGUGGAGAGUUGCUACAGUUUGGAUGUUGGAGUAGUGUGAAACAGAUUCUAGACAGAUUACCAGAGUUUUUUGCAACAUCAUAUAGACCUGUUACUAUGAAGCUGUGUGAAACUGUCCAUAAGAUGAUGGAAUCUUUUUAUAGGGAGAAUUGUGGCAUUCCUAAGAAGAUAUUAAAAGGGAAGAUAAAACAAGACAAGAAGGUUCCACAAGUGAAUUCUUACCGAGAGUUGCACCUACAAGUGUUUUCUAUUUUACGUUAUCUGGGCCCAUACACAGCAUAUGAUCCAGUUCUUAUUGCCAAGAUAAUAAGACUUGGAAAAACAUUUAUGUCCAAGAGGCAGGAUGGAGGCAUUACACCAGAAGAUGAUAUAGCUUACUAUGGCUUCCUCAACAUGUUGGAUGAAGUACUCCUACCUAGUAUGUCCGUGCUGGCCAAUAAUUGUUGUUUGUCCGAGGAGUUAUGGUCAUUUCUCAAAUUAUAUCCAUAUGAACUCAGGUAUAGAUUGUAUGGGAACUGGAAGAAUGAUACAUACAGUCAGCAUUCUAAGUUGAUCUGUAUCCGAGCUGAUUGUCUGGAGAAAGCUAAAUACAUCAUGAAACGUUUGUCUAAGGAGAAUGUGAAACCCUCUGGACGACAGCUUGGGAAACUGAGUCACAGUAAUCCUGGUGUAUUGUUUGAAUAUGUAUUAUCACAGAUCCAAAGAUAUGACAACUUUAUUGGACCUGUUGUUGACUCACUGAAGUACCUCACAUCACUAUCAUAUGAUGUGUUAGCUUAUUGUAUCAUUGAAGCUGUAGCAAACCCAGACAGGGAUAGGAUGAAGCACGAUGACACAAACAUAUCGCUAUGGUUACAAAGUCUUGCCAACUUUGCUGGUUCUAUAUGUAGGAAGUACACAGUAGAAUUAGCUGGACUUAUGCAGUAUGUAGCAAAUCAACUAAAAGCUGGUAAAAGUUUUGACCUACUGAUAUUGAGGGAAAUUGUACAAAAGAUGGCAGGUGUGGAGAUGUCUGAGGAAAUAACUAAUGAUCAACUAGAGGCAAUGUCAGGAGGAGAAUUGUUAAGACAAGAGGGAGGUUACUUUACUCAAGUUAGAAAUACAAAGAAAUCUUCUACUCGGUUAAAGGAUACUUUACUGGAGCAUGAUCUGGCCUUGUCACUUUGUCUGUUGAUGGCACAACAACGUGAUGGUGUUAUAUUCCAUGAGAGUGCUGCUGGUCAUCUUAAACUUGUGGGAAAACUCUAUGAUCAGUGUCAGGACACAUUGGUACAGUUCGGUAGCUUCCUGUCCAUGCAGCUGAGCACAGAAGAAUUUGUUAAACGCCUUCCAAGUGUAGAUACACUGAUCAUGAGUUACAAUGUGCCAGCUGAUGCAGCAUUCUUUCUUUGUAGAACACAGUAUGCUUAUGCAAUAAAUUUGAAGUAUGAUGAACUGAGGAAGAUUGACAAAGCUAACAAACAGACCUCCAGUCAGCAAAAGACACAGCGGUAUAUAGAAGCAUCAGAAGGUGUUAUGGAACCAGUGAUCAACUCAAUACGUCCUGUAUAUAAUGCUAAAGUAUGGGAUGAUCUCAGCCCUUACUUCUUUGUGACAUUCUGGUCUUUAUCAGUGUAUGACUUAGCUGUACCUACCAGUGUGUAUGAGAAACAGAAGAACAGCCUGGACUCACAAAUCAACACUAUUGAAGAUAACAAAGAUCUGCCACAAAGUAAAAAGAAAAAAGAAAAGGAAAGGUGUACAACUUUAUUGGAGAAAUUAAAAGAUGAAGAAAAGAAACAGUCUGAGCAUGUUCAGAGAGUUCAUUCCAGAUUAAAGGCUCAGAAAGAACAAUGGUUUAUAUCACGUUCCACAAAGAAUGAGACGAUUACUCAGUUUCUACAGCUAUGUAUUUUUCCACGCUGUUGUUUUACUGCCAGUGAUGCAGUAUACUGCGCCAAGUUCAUACAUAUAUUACAUGAUUUAAAGACUCCAAACUUUUCUACACUCAUCUGUUAUGAUAGGAUAUUCUGUGAUAUUACUUUUACUGUGACAAGCUGUACUGAGAAUGAAGCUCAUCGGUAUGGUAGAUUUCUGUGUGCUGCAUUAGACACAAUAAUGAGAUGGCAUAGUGAAAGGAAAAUUUAUGAAAAGGAGUGUGCCAGUUACCCAGGAUUUGUAACAGUGUUCAGAAAAGGGGCUGACAGUGUAAAUAAAGCUGAUCAGUUAGACUUUGAAAAUUAUCGCCAUGUUUGUCACAAAUGGCAUUUCAGAAUUACAAAAGCUAUGGUAGCAUGUCUUGAAAGUGGGAACUAUAUACAAAUACGCAAUGCAUUGAUAGUACUCACCAAGAUAUUACCAAAUUAUCCUAAGAUCACACAGUUUGGUCAGGCUUUGGAAAGGAGGGUAGAUAGACUAAGACAAGAUGAGAAAGAGAAAAGACCUGAUAUCUAUGCCUUAGCUAUGGGGUAUUCAGGUCUGUUGAAAGGAAAGAAAACAACAUGGGUGGCAGAAAAUGAGUUUCAUCAAAAAGAUAAUAAAGCUCAAGCCAAAGUUCAGGCAGCUAAAGGUGGGAUGGCUACACCUACCAGGAAAGCAGGGGAUGAGGCUAAAUCAGGCAAACAAAAUGAAGUCAAGUUAAAAGAUAACAAAGAUUCUAAAGAUCCAAAGGAAAAAAAAGUGAAUGAGAAAAAGGAGGUGAAGACUGAUGUAAAAGUUAAAACAGAGAAAAAGAAUGAUGACAAGAAGGAACUAGUUAACGGAACAUCCAAGGAAAAAGAUAGCAGCAAAGAGAAAGUAGAAAAGAAAGAAAAACUUAAAGAGGAGAAAAAAGAGAAAAAUAAGGAAGAAAAGAAAGAAAAGAAUAGAGACAAAGAAGAGAAAAAGAACAAAGAGGACAAGAAAGAUAAGUCCAGUAAGGAAGAUAAAAGAGCAAAGGAAAGUAAGCACAAAGAUGUAUCAGAUACAGUUGUAAAAGAAGAGAGACAUGAUUCUCCAAGAGAAACUAAGGCAAAAGAAGACCAUAAAGAUAGAAGAGAGAAGGAGCGCCAAGAAAAACAUGACAAGACUUUAAAGAGAUCCUACACACCAGACCAUGAUCACAAGGAGCCAGAAGGAAGGGAGAAGGAAGUACACAGGGUGGAGAAGUCAUCAAGCCAUACACAUCAUAGUCCAGAGAUAAGCAAAUGUCAUUCUGAUGAAAGAGAUGUAAAAAGACGCAAACUGGAUUCUCCAACUGGGUCAAAGGAGAGGAGGAGAAGCCAGUCUAGAGACACACAUAAAAGGACUCCAUCACCAGUUCCAGAAGUUGACAGACACAGAGAACGUGAUAAAGAAAGAAAAGACAGAAAAAGACAGGAUUGGGAAGAUGAUGUUAAUCAUGAGGAGGUAAAGAAAAGAAAAAGUCUUGAACCAUCAUCAAGUCGUUCUAGUCACAGUAAAAUAAAUGGUGAUACAGAAAAACAUCUAAAGAGAAGAGAGAGUGACUCUAAAUCUGAGGUUCAUCUGGUUAAGAAGGAACCAGUCGACUCAGCUGAUGAAUCCCCAACAAGAAAGUUCAAGUCUGAAUGUCAAGUUGUUAAAAUAAAAAAGGAACCACAUGAAGCUACAGAUGAUUCACCUCCAAGGUCAAAAUCAAGGUCAACCCAGGAGAGCAAAGUUGUCAAAGUGAAAAAGGACAGAGAUAGUGUAGAAGAAUCUCCCACUAGAGUUAAGACAAAAGAAAAAUCAAAGAAGAGUGACAAAGAAAGAAGUCGGGAUAAAUCAUCAAGUUCAUCCAAGAAGAGUAAAAAGUGAUCCAAUUGUUAAUUAUUUAAUUUAUUUUAACAGACUGAAUUGUUUGAUUGAUUAUGUUAUGAGAUAUUGUGAAAAAGAUAUAUUAUGUUUUAACACCAUCUGUAAAGAUUUUGUACAGACCUCAUAAAACAUCCAAUUUUUGGACCAUUUUCAUAAAGUCAUGUUCAUCAAAAACUAUAGUAAAA